UAUGGCGGACACGGAGGCGAAAAUGGAACCAAACGCUACACCUCCAAAACACGAAGCUAGCAGUGACGAUAAAGACGCACACGAUACUUCAUAUGAAUCGAAACCAGAAGAGCCUGUCGAAGGACUAAAAUCGGAAGCUUCAGGCGGAGAAGUGAUGUCUUUAAAAGACUGCUGCAGGGAGGCCUUCGCCAAGAUCACCGAAUAUUUGAACGGCGAACUAGCUGGUUCAAUACAAGAUUAUGUUCUUCUUGAAAAGCUGAAUAAGCUGACAAUUACAAAGUACAGUGAAAUGUCAGACACUGCAAAGACACUUAUCACAGUCAUGGAGGAAUUAGACAAGAAAUAUAAAAACCUGGAACCAUAUUUAGAGCAGAUCGACAAGGUAGAGGAAAGUGUUGCAAGCCUUGAACAAGCCGCGUACAGACUGGAUGCUUACUCUAAGAGACUAGAGGCUAAAUUCAAGAAGUUGGAAAGAAGGUGAAUGGAAAUUUGAAUGUUCUUCAGGAUAAAGAGUUAGAAUUUAGACACGAAAACAAGAUUACUCCAGACAAUUUCUACAAGAAAAGAGGUAACCUGACAUGGGUGAAUUGAUAGAGGACUGGGUACCAGAAAAAUGUUUAACAUUUAAUUGUGACUAGACAAUAUUUAUAAUUAUGAAGUAACUGAGAGAGUAAAAGCACACUGAUUGGCCACAGACAUAUUAUUUAUGGCUCUAGUAAAGCCAUGGAAUAUUGAAGUUUAUUUUAUAAAAGCAAUAGACUGCACUCUCCAUUGGUUUACCAUGUAAUAACCCUCAAGGGAUGUUGGAAGCUCACUCAAUGUGGAACACCCAACAUACCAAGUGGUUUACUAUGCCAGUGAACCGAUAAGAGUGCAGUCUAUUACUUAAAGAAUCAGUACACUGUCGUGAAGACAGGUUAGGAGAAUAUGACAAGUUUUUAGUUAAAAGGAUUUGGUGGGGAGAUGCCUUAGCGGAGUGUAGAUGCACAGUUUUGUACAAAUGGCGCCCUUAAUAUACUCUUGGGAAAAUGGGAGAGAAAACCUGUUGAGUAAAUACACAGAAGAAAAAUUUCAAUAUCUGAUCUCUCUAGGUAGCUUAAAUUUUUCCAAACAUUGUCAAAAGUGGGAUGGCAAAACAAACCUUGUAGCCUCCCUUUUAAGCACCAAAAUUCAAAGUCCUACCGUUCUUAUUACACAGCUAAGAACUUAAGUUGCUAUCUCAUCUACGUCAUUAUCUAAGAAAAUGCACACCCACCCCUCCCCUAACCCAACAACAGUCAACUGACAACAAGUUAGGGUUGAUGUUGAGUUAGGGGGGGCUAGGUGUGCAGUUGUUCAGAUACAUUGAUCCUUUUUGUUCAUAACCGAAGUGUAUUUGCGUGUUUUACUUGAAAUAAACCUUAAAACUAGGCGGCA